AUGCUCGGCCAGCCGAGCGUCAUCGCCCGCCUCAUGGGCAUGGAGGACCAUCACCAGACGACGGCGACGGCGGUCGUCCAUGCCUCGGAGGGAACCACGACUGUCAUCAGCCUGCUGAAGCCGGCGUCCUCCCAGGUCGAGCAGCCCAGGUGCGGCCCGCUCGGCUCCCACCACGGCCGCCGCAUCGGCGGGGAUUACUACCGGUACUGCCUCAACAAGAUGAAGCCAGGGCGGCGGAGGCGAGCUCGGCGCGAUGGUCGCCGCCGCGAGCAUCCGCAGGAGGAGCUGCUGGAUAAGAUCAAGGAGGACUUCCGCGCGUCCUGGCAGCUCGCCUCCACGGCCACGCCGCCGCUGGGGACGGAGGAUGAGGAGACUGUUGCCGAUGCGUCCGGGAGGAGGAGGAGCGGUGAUCGGGUGGCCGGGCUGUUGGACGGGAGGUGCAUCCAGAGGAUCGCGCAGGAGAACCUGCGCCGGGAGAAGAUGGCGAGGUACGGCUAUGGCGGCCGUCGGAGCAGCGUGGAGGAGGAAGAAGAUGGCGUUAAGGCGCUGGUGGUUGGCCUGAAGAAGAAGAAUGCUGAAGAAGAAGCCGAGCAGCUCCAUGGUGGUUCAGAAGCUGGGGCGUCUGAAGAAUUCUCCGGUGAUCAUGACCAAAUGAGCUCCACGUCGUCCGAGAAGUCGCGCGGCAUGCCGGCGACACGGAUAGCGAUCCUCAGGCCGACCACUGGUACUAGUACUCGCGCUGUGGCCGGCGAUCAUCGGAACGCGCCGCCGUCGUGGAAGGCGGUGCGGGACGGUGGCAUGGACAUGGAGGACUUCCUCCGGGAGGUGAAGGAGAGGGCCGAGAGGCUCAAGGUCGAAACGGAAGCCAAGGCCGACGGCCCAGGCGACGUCGUUGCCAAGGCGAGGAAAGGCUGGGGAAGCGUCGGCGAUGACCCGGCGGGAACGGCUCAAGACACGGCGAGGCAGAUAAGGGAGGCCGUCGGCAAGAGGCUGAGCCGGCUGGAGUCCUUCCGCGUCUUCCGAGGCGACCGCAGCCGCCGCGACGGCGCCGCGGCGUCGCCGUCCCCGGAGCACCGGAUGCUGAAGAGCGUCAUGGCGAGGACCGAGGGCAUGUCGCCGACGAAGAUCACGGGCAGAGGACCGAGGGUCAGCAGGUGGUCACCAUUGCGGGCAGGAUCCGGCGUGAACGACCGGCAGAGCCCUGACCGUGACCCGCGUCGGAGUCCGGCGAAGCUGCACGACGACGGAAUCGACUUCGUCGCCGCGUCGCCGCGGGCGCUGCUCCGGUCGUUCUCUGCCCCGGCGGCGGGGUGUUCGGACGCGUCUUCUGUAGGCGCGGGGAAGCUGGUGGACCGGUGCAGAAGCCUCAGCAUCUUCAGAGGGACGGUGGCCAGCCUGAGGCAGAGCCUCUGCUUGGGCGGAGGAGCAUGGAAGCUGUUGCUCAUGCAUCUGUCCAAGAAGAAGGCUUCCUCUCCGGCGUCUCCUCGUCAGAAUUUGCUGGCCGGACUGGCCCCUCCUAGCCCGGUGUCGCCGUUGGAGGUCAGCGGCGGGCGCCAUUUCUCCGGCGAUCUCAACUGCACAUUCCUCCCAGAGUCGAGUCCGAGAUGGAGUCCCAGGUGUUCGUCGGAAUUCGAGGCGUCGGUGGGCGGAGGCGAGUCGCCGUGGGAACGGAAGGCCGACGCCGCGGCCGAGAACGACGACCCUGACACGGCGUACGUCAGGGAAGUGCUCGUUGCCGCGGGGCUGUUCAACGACGACGACGGCGACACGGCUGCGUCGAGGACGGACUCGAUCGUCAUCUCCGAGGAGGUCUUCGACGAGGUCGAGGACGGGUACUACUACCGCCAUCUCCGGCGCCGCGACGACGGCGCCGGAGAGGACGAAGAGCUCGGAGCGGCGGACCGCCGCAGGCUGCUCUUCGACCUGGCCAACGAGGCGCUGCUGGCGGGCGCGAGACCUGCCGUCUCGUAUUCUUCGCCGUAUUGUCUGCGCCGGUGGGUCGUGGAGUGCAACAACGGCGCGCCGUCGUCGUCGCGGCUGCGAGGGAGGGAGCUGGAAGACGAGGUGUGGCGUCACGUGGCAAUGGUGACUGUGGACUACACGGCUGAGCGCGAGGUCGGGAGGUCGCCGUGGGUGCCGGAGGCGCUGUGCGAGGACGCCUGCGCCGUCGGGAGGAAGAUCGAGCGCGCCAUCUUCGACGAGCUGCUCGGCGACGUCGUGCGUCAGCUGUUUGUCUGACUGCACCUGAUCGAGCAGGUUUUGUAGGAAAAAAAAAAUACUUGGAAGUGGGCUGCAGCCUGCAUAAGUUGGAAGCAGAGACCAACAAUGUCCUAGGCACAGAGAGAAGCCCAAUGCUGCAGUCCUAGUGUCAGUGUGCAAAUCAUGAUGUACAUUGUUAAUUCGAAAAAAAAUAUUUGAUGUACAUUGUAGCUUAUGAUUUGCAAUGUAC